AGCGGGUUUCCCGAUGGAGGGGGCGGGAUUCCCGAUGGACGGGGCGGGUCGGGAGGGCCGGCCGGGCGUGCGCCGCUGAUCCGCAGCAUUCCCGCCCCGUCUCCUCCUGCCCGGCUCGGCCCGGCCCCUCGGGAGCGUGUGGGUGACACUGAGGGAGGACGGAGCCGGUCCCGACGCCGCCUCCGGUGCCCUGGAGCCGGGAUGGGCCGGGUGGGAGGACGCAGCACCUGGCGAGGCCGUGGAGAGGAGCGGGAGCGGACCCUGAGUGAACGUGUCAGUGUCUGGAGCAUCCUUGUGUCCCGGCAGGUGAUGGGAGCAUGAGUGGCAGUGAGGGGGAUCUCCAGCGGGAUGGUCUGGAGGCAGCCCAGCCCUGUGGGGACUUUUUCAAGAGGGCAGCUUCUCCUCCGGGCUGUGACGGGGACGUGUCCCUUCUCCCAGACACCGGGAUGGAGAAGGCUUCUCGCCGCAGUUUCCAGAGGCGCAAGGAUGCUGUGGUGCAGCAUCGGGCGCUCCUGGGGGAGAAGCCCUACAUCUCCAUCGAAUGCGGGCAGAGCUUCGGCCGCAGCUCCGACCUGACCCGCCACCAGCGCAUCCACAGCGGGGAGAGGCCGCAGGUGUGUCCCGACUGCGGCAGGAGCUUCGGCCGCCGCUCCCACCUCAUCCAGCACCGGCGCGUCCACCCGGGCGAGCGGCCGUACCCGUGCCGGCACUGCGGGAAGAGCUUCAGGCAGAGCGCCCAGCUGGUCCAGCACCAGGGCAGCCACACCGGCGAGAGGCCUCACGUCUGUGCCAAGUGCGGCAGGAACUUCUACCAGAGCUCGGGGCUGCUCCGCCACGCCAGCUCCCACUCCGGAGAGAAGCCCCAGAGGUGCCCCCAGUGCGGGAAGGGCUUCGGCGACAGCUCCAACCUCACCGCCCACCAGCGGCUCCACACCGGAGAGAGGCCCUACAGGUGUGACGACUGCAGCAAGUGCUUCAGGGAGAGCUCCAAGCUGCUCAUCCACCGGCGUGUCCACACCGGGGAGAAGCCCUACCUGUGCCCGGACUGCGGGAAGGGUUUCAGCCAGCGCUUGCACCUUGUCCAGCACCAUCACACCCACACUGUGCCCUACAAGUGUGCCGAGUGUGGGACCGGCUUCGGUGACAACUCCACCCUCAUCCCUCAUCAUUGGACCCACAGUGGGGAGAAACCCUUCCAGUGCUCCCACUGUGACAAGAGCUUCACUUGCCACUACUACCUACUGUCCCACUAGCAGGGGCACAUGUGGUAGGCAGCAUCCCUAGGUGUGCUCUGGGUGUCAUCCAAGGUCAUCCUGGUCCAGGCCUGUCCAAAAUGUGCCUGAGGUACAAGGGGGUGGACAAGGGUACAGAUGGACAAAGUGAUGCCUUUGGCCCACGUUGCCCUUUUCAGUCACCUCCUCCCAGCGCACCCUAGGCAUGGACAGAAAGAGUGCAGAGGUUGCAGUGGGUAGUUCUGCAUCCCAAGGCCACAUCCUCCUCUUUCCCUGGUACUGGAAUCAGAUGCCACCUGCCACAUGGCCAAGGUGUAAAUGUUUUGUCACACCUCUGGGUGUCUGCCCUUCCACAACAGCUCUCAGAGCAUUUAUUUUCCUUCCUAUGUGCUUUGUGAAUUGCUGUGUUUACUUAGCAGUGCUCUAUAAAUUAAAAGGGUUGACGUGCAUUUAUUUCUGAGGUCUUUAUUAACUUAUUCUAAACUAUGCCAAAUCACAGUGGCCUUAGGGUUCCCAGCUGUUCACUAGCAGCUAGGAUUGGACUGCUCACCAGUGUAAGCACAUUACUAGAGUUCCUUUCCACAUCCAUUGUUAGUUUUCCCUGUUCAGUGUCACUUGGCUGAAAUAAUUCAUUUCCCCUGGCCUGGCUGCCCUUUACUGUUUGUGCUCAUGUAGCUUGAGAGGAGAAUCUGGGUACCAACUCUUCUUUUGCUGCUGCAGAAGCUACAGGGUAUGUUCCUCUUCUUCCAGGGAUUUAAUCACUUUGCGGGCACUGAUGAGCCAAAUUCAGAAGGUACUGGGAAUGUGCAAAAAGGCAAGAACCAGAAGCCUCCCUCUCACAGCAGCCAGCUUGCUGGCUUCUCUACCAGCCCUCUGCUCCCCCAAGGUCAUAGUGGGAAGCUACUGGAAAAUGCAAAUUAGCUGCUGUAAUUCCAGCAGACCAUCCCUAGCACAGCCCAUCCCACACUUGUGGUCACCAGCUGGUGCCCAGAUGCUCCCACCAGCUGUGGGAGCUGUGUAGAAUACUGUAAAUUCCUGGUGUGUUUAAAAACUGCAGUGGGACUGUGGCACUUCGGAAAUACCUAAGGUAGACAAAUGGAUGAAUGACGUCUCUGAAAUAAAAUCUGUCACCUUGGUGUUCUUUGUUAUCUCAUCUCUCUCCCUCCCUUUUGUCUUUCCCUUCCCUUCCUUCCCCUCCUUUCCUUUCUCUCUGUCUCCCUAGAGUGACCUCCUGGGCAUCAAUUUCUUGUCCCAAGAAUCCGGAGUUUGAGGGAUAUUCUUAGAAUUAGUCUUUAUUUUCUAACAUUUCUGCAAGAAUCUGAAAAGCCAGAGGAGGGCACUCCUUGCUCACCAUUCCUUUAUGAGAGAAAGUGGUUUGUCUUUUUUACUCUGCAGUGACAAACCAUCCUAGUGGUACCUGAACCUGGUUCUAGCAGAGCUGCAGCUGUUCUGAGGAGAUUAUUUUCCCAGUUCUUCCACCUGAGUUAUAUGGGAUCCAGUUUUCCAGUCCCCUGCUGAAAAAAAUACAUGUAACAGUGAUCACUGAAAUACGGCUGCUUUUACUCUCAGAUUCUUCUUUGCUUCAUUGUUUGUGGCUGGGAAAACAGAUUUCUUUUGAUCUUGGAAAAGAGGUGUGUUUUUUCUGUGUUUAAUAAAUUUUAAUAAGUA